AUGAGCCUGGAAGACGAGACAAUCGACAUGGAAGAGGCCGACUACUCGGUCUCAGAGACAACAACCAGACCACCCUCAAGGACAGCCACCCCGUUGCUCAAGUCAUACACCUACGCUACUCCAUUGCCCACUGGCCUCGAAAAGGAUCAGGAAUGUAUCCUCGGAGUCGACGAGGCUGGACGAGGACCUGUUCUUGGUCCAAUGGUCUACGGUAUCUGCUACUGCCCCCUUUCCAAAAAGGACGAGUUGGCUGAUCUGGGAUUUGCCGAUUCGAAGACGUUGAAGGAGGACGAGCGAGACAACCUGUUGAAUGUGAUCAUGUCGAGGCCAGAUCUUAUCGGGUGGAGCGUCAGAGUUCUUUCGCCCAUGGACAUCUCCAACAGCAUGCUGAGAAAGGACAAGUACAAUCUGAACGCCCUUGCUCAUGACACCACCAUCCAACUGAUCAGGGAAACCAUCGCCUCAGGAGUGAACCUGAAAGAAGUCUAUGUGGAUACAGUUGGACCUCCAGAGACAUACCAAAAGAAACUGGAGGGUCUCUUCCCCUCCGUCACCAAAAUCGUCGUCGCCAAGAAAGCCGACUCCAAAUACCCAAUCGUCUCAGCCGCCAGUAUUUGCGCCAAGGUCACCCGCGACGAUGUGUUGAGGCAUUGGAUCUUUGCAGAGAAGGAGCUUGGGAGCACCAUUUCCCGCGAAUUCGGUUCUGGAUAUCCUGGUGAUCCCAAGACGAAAUCGUGGCUCAAGGCUAACAUGGACCCCAUCUUUGGGUACCCGAACAUCGUUCGCUUCAGUUGGGCAACCUGCAAGACUUCGCUGGACGAGUCUGGCAAGAAUGUCCGCUGGCCUGAUGAUGAUGAAAGCAACUCGCAGCCUAGGAUUACAGCUCUGUUUGGACAAAGUAGUACAGGAACUGCCGACCUAGCACAGCAGAGGAAGCAGUAUUCGACAUUUGCCUCGAAUGCAGCCCCUCGGCCGCGGCCUCAGCUCCUGCAAGACAUGGCCCUGAGAAGCAAGGGCAAGCACAACAACCAUGGCAAAAAUGACAACAAUAGUGAUGGAGACGAUGAUUUCGAAGUUGGUGGCGCAAGGAACAACCAGUACCCAGGACGCUCACAGAACCCUGAAGCUCACAGCAAUAAUAGCGGCAAACGAUGGGAGAGACCCAGAACUUCGACACAAGAUAACACCUUUGGUGGUCAGCAACUCGAACAAGAUGAUGUCAACAUGCCCAUGGUCCAGGCGCACGAAAUCCCUACACAGGCUCAACAGGCAGCGCCACUACGGACUAAACGGAAGGAUACGAAUUGUCCAUGGAUCGACUGGGAUGUCUAUCUUCCGCAAGAUGACUACCACGAGCAACACGAGUACAUUCAUUGGAUCGCUGAGUUUCGGCAAUUCCUGCAAAGAUACCAUCUUCGUAACCUUCACGAACUCACAAAGGAACAACGAGCAGAGUUGGAGCGCCGGCGAGUGUUUGUCGUCAAUCUGAAGGCUCUUAUUCAAGAAUGCAGCAUCCCAGCGUUGAUGGAUCUUGUGGUCCAUCGAACUACUGCGGUUUUGGGCUGCAUGUCCCUUGCAGCUAUCCAGGGUCUCUAUGGGGAUAAGGCUGCAAAGGAAAAGCACCAAAAGACGAUCACGGUGCGGCUUGGUAACCUUGACAAGAUCACACAUGGAAAGGAUAUGAAGGCCAACCUGAUAGGAAAAUUCAUUUGCGUUCGGGGAACAAUUGUCAGGACGUCAGGAGUUACACCUCUGGCGACAAAGAUGUCAUUCACCUGCAAUGCUUGUCAGGGAGUUCAGACACUAGAAUUUGCUGAUGCGAAGUACAUUCAGCCAACAAAAUGCCCAGAAGUAGGAUGCAGAGGCAGGCAUUUCACCCCACAACGCGGCGUUGGCUAUGACACGGAGACUGUCGACUGGCAAACCAUCCGACUGCAAGAGAAGCUGCCGGAUGACAGGACAGAUUCUGGAAGAGUGCCGCGAACGAUCGAAUGUGAGGUCACUAGGGACUUGGUUGACCAGGUCAUUCCUGGAGAUGUGGUCGAGGCCACAGGAAUCGUCAAAGUAUCGCAGUCUGAGAAAUCUUACACACGCGAGAAAACUGGUAACACCAUGUAUCUACUCUACCUCGACGUUAACUACUUGACAAAGGCGACAAUGACGGCGAAGGAUGAUGACGACAUGUACAACGACGAUAACUCCAAAGACAGGACCAAGGAGAGCAAGGACAGCAUCCAAAUCACCACCAAAGACCUUUAUGCAAUUGAGGACGUUCACAAGGAACCCCAAUUGUUCAAGCUGAUCGUUAAUUCGUUCAGUCCAGCGAUUUUCGGACACGAGAUGGUCAAGGCCGGGAUUCUCUUUGGACUCUUUGGGGGGAGAAGGAGAAGCACUGCUGUUGUCGAUCGAACCGCCAUUCGCUCGGACCCCCACAUCCUAGUUGUUGGAGACCCAGGUCUAGGAAAGUCGCAGAUGCUCUCCGCCGCUGUCAAGGUCGCACCUCGAGGUGUAUAUGUCUGUGGAAGCAGUGGAAUAUCGACAAGUGGUCUGACAGUAACCCUUGUUCGAGGCAAAGGAUCCGACUUCGCAUUGGAGGCAGGCGCGCUUGUUCUUGGAGACCAGGGAUGCUGCUGUAUUGACGAAUUCGACAAGAUGACAACAGAUCACAACGCGCUUCUGGAGGCCAUGGAACAACAGUCAAUCAGCAUUGCGAAAGCCGGAAUUAUUUGUACUUUGCCCGCGAGAACCAGUGUGAUUGCUGCGGCCAACCCUGUCGGUGGGCACUACAACAUGUCCAAGACGGUUGCGGAGAACCUGAAGAUGAACACGGCGCUUCUUUCACGAUUCGAUCUGAUAUUUAUCCUGAUGGACAAACCCGACGGCGAGAUGGACCAGUACCUUUCCAGACACGUUAUGGCGCUUCAUUCCGGAAAUGCGGCAACCGCACCAGCCUUUAGAGGCAAUACGUCGCAGGAAAUCGAUCCCUCUCAGGCAAGUGGAGUGAAGGCAGAUAUGAGCCUUCCUCUCGAGGAACGGUUGCGAAUGACGAGCGAAGAUAAUAUGGAGCUCAUUCCUCUGCCUCUACUCCGAAAGUACAUUGCUUACGCACGACAGUAUGUGCAUCCACGACUCUCCCGGGAGGCAGCCGCGGUCUUGCAGGAAUUCUACCUAAUGCUCCGGGCCAAGCAUCGGUCGCCUGAUGGCACGCCUGUGACGACUCGGCAGCUGGAGUCUCUGAUCAGGAUGUCCGAGGCCAAAGCCCGCAUGGAGCUGCGCGAGGUCGUCACACGAAGGGAUGCCAUGGAUGUGAUUGAGAUCAUGUAA